GACACAAAAUAAACCGGCAGUUGCGGUCAUUCCAUGAUUCCCGUAGUUCGGUUCGGAUCUGCCGAGUUCACGGUGCAGCUGCCCCACAUCCGUCCCGGUUUCCAACAAGCUGACGAAUAAUAUAUUGUUACCGAAUCGGAUUUUAGCCGCAGUCGCUGCGAAUAUAUUGGAUUGUGAAUUUGUGUUUUGUUUUGUUUUGUAACUGACUAGUGUUUAGUGCGAUGGGAACGUGUUUGUCGCAGGUGGACCCCGAUUCGGAGUCAACUGGCGAUUUUGUGCAGUUUGGGGACCGCGACGAGGAUGGGAGGCCUCAAAGGAAGCGCAAGUGCACGGAUAUAUUUUUCUUGUACUUUUUCGGGACAUUUUUAGCGAUCACGUGUGCUUUUCUGAUUUAUUGUGCUAGCAUUGGUGACGUCAAUCGCAUCCUCACCGGGUACGACAAUUGUGGAAAUGUUUGCGGCGAGCAAAACAAGCGAGAUGGGAAUGAUGUUGGCUGUGUUGGUCUGGACAUGACUUCCAAGCCAUUUAUGCUGGAAAGAAGCAAUGAACGGAUUUGCGUUACGAACUGCGAACAAUAUGGAUACGACACAAUUUUUGGUAGAUGCGUUCCCAGAGCUGGUGGUGAUGUUGCUAAGGCUAAACCAUUUUGGCAAAACCUGACGGAAGAUAUCAAUGCAUCCAAAUUGGAAAUUUUUACAUGGCACUCAUUUCUUUCGCUCUGGUGUGUUUGACCGUGAUGCUGAUGAGAUAUAACACGGAGCCAUUCAUUUGGUCGAUCCUCGUUGGUGGGGCGGUAGCCAUGACAUUGGGCUGCGUCGCGAUAUGGGUCCUCAGGUCGACGGCAACAAAACGAGAGGAAAGGGAUAUGUUGAUGAGUUUGGGAAUAUUCUUCACUGUUUUGACAGUUAUUCUGCUCUUGUGUCUACUGGUCAUGUUCAAGCGUAUCAAAUUGGUGGUAUCGCUGUUCAAGGAAGCGAGCAAGGCCAUCGGUGCCAUUCCGCAUAUUCUUCUUGAGCCUGUAGCUACAAUCGCUGCGUUUUUUAUCAGUUUCGUCGUAAUUGUCUACGGUGGGAUUUUGAUUGGUAGCGCCGGCAACCUGCAGAUGAUUCAUGAAGGCUUGUACGAAUACGUGCCGAACAAAGCGGUCAUCUUCACCGGCGUCAUCUUUACAGUCGGUUGGAUUUGGAUGCUAUACUUUUUCGUUGGGUGCCAGAAUAUGAUCGUUGGUGGUACCAUUUCUUCGUGGUAUUUUAUCAGGGAUAAGUCACGCUUAGCGUCGCCAAUUUUGUACGCCACACACAACCUGUUGCGCUAUCAUCUUGGUACGGUUGCUUUUGGCUCAUUUAUUAUGCUGAUCAUGCAAUUGAUUCGCAUGCUCAUUGAAUCAUUAAAACGCGCCGCGCGCGAAAAUGGAUGCGGUCUUUGUCUUAUUUGCUGUAGUUGCAUUUUUAACAUUCUGGAAGAGUUUGUGCGCUACUUCAGUAAACUGGCGUUUAUUGUGACAUCGAUGCACGGUGUACCUUUCUGCAAGGGAGGCAAAAACGCCAUGCGUCUGAUUGUCGACAAUGGGCUAGCAACAAUAGCGCUCAACUCUGUCGGUUCUUUUAUUUUGUUUUUUAUCAAUCUCACUAUCAUGCUAACGACAAUGUUGAUUGGGUACUACAUGAUGGAUAAGCCAGGUUUGCAUUCUGUCUGGGGUCCGCUGGUUGUGUCGACACUUAUCGCCUUCUUCAUGGCGUACUGUGUACUUAGCGUAUACGAUACUACGCUUGACACAAUUUUCCUUUGCUUCUGCGAGGAUUGUGAGAUCAAUGACGGUCUUUCACGCCCGUACUACAUGUCCGCUGAGUUAAUGAUUUUCGUGGAAAAUUCCAAAAAGGCACUGGAGCAAUUGGAAGCGAACAAGACACAACCGAAAACGGAAGAACCCAGGGAUGCAUGGAAUUCCACAACCCCCGCACAUCCAGCCUAAAUGUGAAGAUUCAAUGGUUGGUGAACUGCUAACUAAGUGUAUACAGUAAAGUAAUCUUAUCAAAAAGCAUCCGCAUAGUGCAACCUUCAAUAUGUAAUUGUAACUUUUGUCAUUGUGUAAAUGAACCAUGAAAAAUAAAAAAUGGUUCGUCCAA